AUGGACAACAGACAAGAAACGGGUAUCAAAAUCGAUAACUAUCCAGCAAUCAAGAAAGAAAAUGAAAGCCAAGAUGUUGAACCAACUAAGAACACGAACGAAACACUCCACGACAAUUUUAAUCAAGUGAACUCGUCGUUUUUUAUAUUCGGGAAACUUCCAAAGCCUUGUGCACCAUCUACUGGUUCACCGUGUGAAAUGACAAAGAUGGUAGCUAUCGAUAACUGUACCGAUAAAGUUAAGAAUCUGCAAUGUCCUGAACCAACUCCCAAAUAUACUUCUGACUCUACGAAGAGCUUCCGCAAACCGUCUCCUGUCAGAACUAACUGGGAUAAUUCUUCAAAAAUCAAAGAAGAAUAUUCCGGUAAGAAGGGAGAAAAAACAAGAAGGAAGGAAAAAUCCAACGACGCACCGAGCCUUGCUGAACCAUUCAGCGAAGAUGCUUUGUCGCGUGAUUACAUAGAAAACCAUGACACCAAGAAGUCGGAAGAGAAGAAACCAAUUUUUGUUUGUCCCAAGGUUGAAGAGAAAAAGCCAGCGGAGAAGCUUUCUACGGAUGAAAAGAAAGUAGCAAAAGAGGAUGUUCGAGAUGUCUUAUCGCGUGAUUACAUAGAAAACAAGGAGACCCACAAACCGAAAGAGCCAUUUUUUGUAUGUCCCAAGGUUGAAGAGAAAAAGCCAACGGAGAAGCUUUCUACGGAUGAGAAGAAAGUAGCAAAAGAGGAGGUUGUUCAACCAUGUGUGGCAAACAAAAAAUUGGGCAGCAAACAAGAAAACGGUGUCAAAAUCAAAAACAAUCUGGAAAUCAAGAAAGAGAAAAAGGAAAUAGUAGAAAACGAAGUUGAUCCACCUAAGUCCACAUACGAAUCACUUUACGAGGAUGAGUAUCAAUAUGGUCUGUCCUUUUUUCGACAAGCAAGAAUUCCAAGAUCUCAUCCACACUCCACCAGUUCACCACGUGAAACGACAAAAAUAGUAGCUACGGAUAUCGAUAACUGCACCGAUAAGGUUAAGAAUCUGCAAUGUUUUGGAUCAUCUUCCGAAUCCACUUCAAAGUCAACUGAAAGUUCCGACAAACCGUCUGAUGUCAAGAAAAACUGGGAGGAUUCUUCAAAAAUCAAAAAAGAAAAAACAAGACAGGAAGGAAAAACCAACUACACACCGGACCUUGCUGAAGCAGCUCACAAUGUUAUGCCUGGAAAUUAUUUCGAGCCAUACAGAGAUAACAAAAAAGUUCUAUACCAGCCACAUGGACCCUCACCAGCGAAUUACUCAGAGGAAUGGUGA